AUGGAGGAUAUUAGCCCUCUGCACUGUCUGAGGCAGUGCGGCAGGAAAUAUCGGUAUGCUACUCUACAAGAGGGCAAUGUCUGUCUGUGCGCCAACACACUACCAACUGCUGGCCAAGUGAAUGAUUCUGAGUGCAAUAUGACAUGUCCAGGCCAUGACUCUUGGCCCAUUAACGAUCAAGCACUUAGGUGAGAAAAAUUUAGUUGGUCAUUUAUAUUUCGCAGAUUUCCAUGCAGUCUUUGACGAUUUUGUGAUUGUGAAAGGAAAAAUCAAUGGUCUGAAGGACGCCGGAUUCUUGAGAAGACCUGGAUCAGUGAAAACCGUCAAUACGAAACUAAAACAAUUAUCAGUAAACUAAUCCUUACGGCAAAAACGACUGAGACAUUGAUUCUCAAAUAAACUUCAUCUUGGUUUUAAGUGUUAGUGUACUGGUUUUUAACAAGAGAAGGGAAAAAGGGUCAAGAGCUUUAAUGCGGCCGGUCAUUCUGUCGUGGUCGCCAUAAAGAAAAUACAGGGACUUCGAGGAAUUCUUCCAUUCGUUUAUGUCCCCUCGUUUUGUUGAUACGUUCGCAGAUUGAAAUUAGGAUGGUUCCUACAAGUCUUUUCGGCCGCAUUGUUCCGUUGUUAAAGUACGUAGAACUAAGCAGCUUCCUUUGGAGUUACGAGUUUGAUGAUGAUUGGAAGUUUUCGGUAAUAUGCUACAAGACUUGUUUCCUUCCAUGUGGAACUGAGUUGGCAAGGCUGAGGACUCGCACCUAUGUGGCCUAGGUUCGAAUUCCGGAGCGGCUUAAUAUGUGCGUUGAGGUUGUUGUUUGUUCUCGUCCUCGCUGCAAGGCAUUUCCCCCCCACCAGAUACCUCGCAGUUUCCGGCUUUGUCUUUUAAAACGACAGUUCAAUGUGGAGUGUACGAACCUCUUCAAACGAUUUCUUAAAAGGUUUUAAGUGUUUUGUGGGUAAACAAGUUACAUUUACAUUUUAUUUGGUAGAGUCAUCAUUUUUCAAAAACACAUGAUCCUCUUUUUAUUUUCUCCCAGAUGCGGAGGACGACUACGUAACAGCAUUUAUUCUGCAUCUGAAAGAAUAUUGGGACUCAGUCUUAUGAAGAGUGGGCCACUGCCUGUUCUGAAACCGGUGACAAUAUCCGGGAAAAUGAUCAACGGAAUGAAUGUCACCUUCACGUUCUCACUCGGAGAUGGCUCCCGGACACUGCAGCCUGUGGACAACCCACAAGUCCAUCACAUUUAUGACCAGCCAGGGUCGUACAUAGUUUCUAUGACAGCUACGAAUCUCGUCACAGGCUCCAUUACUGUGACAGAGGUACCAUGGCUAAUAUAUAGGGAGAUGAUCAGGGACUUAUCCUUCCACUCUCAAAUCGAAAUUAAGGGGAAAUAAGUCACAACCUUCAUCUGGAAAAUAAAUUAGUACAGAUUUAAAGAGGCAGUUUUUUAUGGUUACUCCUAAGUGAUUGCGUCUAUAUAGUCAAAAGGUUAUGUUACAAGUUUAAACUUCCAGAUUACCACCUAACGUUGUGAUGAAUGUAUCAGAUAUCGCUAAAAAUGUAGAACGCAAACCUGCAUGUAAUGUUCAAGGCUAAAGAAACGCGAGUCGAGAUAGAUAAAAGUUUCUAUAGUGGCCAAUGUCUCGAACAGUAAAAGACUAGUUUCACUGGGGCUUUAUUUAUUUCAGUCUUGCAUAUUAUGUUUCUUUCCUCUUUUAAAACCUUACGUUGAACUGAAUUUCUAGUUGUCGAAACGGUACGAAAACGAAUCAUCGGAAUUUGUAGAAAGUACAUAAUCAACUGUGAAUUAGUCAAAUAAUAUAAUUGUAAUGCCAGGCUCACAGGUAAGCGAAGAUAUGUCUCAUUUCGUUACUCCUUGUCGUCUUCACAGAUGUAUGAUGUGGAUGAUCCCUUGGGACCUGUAGAGUUACACUGUCCGCGCUCGGUUCCCUUAGGAUCGUGGGUGGAGUGUAAUGGAACUCUCGUUCGGGGAACAAGAGUUAAUAACACUUUCUCCUUCGGAGACGGGCAAUACGAGUUCAUUUCCUUGAGUAAGUAACCUCGAAGAAUCCGAGAGGUUUUCUUUCCUCCUUCUCAUCAAACGAUUCGGUCAGUCUUCUCCACUUCGCAUGUGAAGUUUCUUUCAGGAGAAAAAAACCUCUGAAACUUUUGAAGAGUGAUGAUAACAAAAGUCAAUCGACGCUUCUAAUACAACAGUAAAUUAAUACUGAUUCGAAGCAAAGAAAGACACAACAGCAGCAGGAUAAAAAUACAUUGAACAAACUAUCAGCUUGGUAAAUACGCUUAUUCCUUUUCAAGGUUUUUCUCCAUCUCUUCAAAUUUAUGCACACUAAGGCAAUAACCAUAUUUUAGCAUAAUUGCUAUUCACUAUACUUCGUUAGGUGCCCGCUAUUACAGUGCAGGUCCACGAAUUCCUCGAGAAAACGACUCAUCAUCUUUCAUCUCGUCGAGGCCCCAGGGAAUUAUCGUAUCCCCGGCGUACGAGUUCCGUCAUGACGGUAGAGUCACAGAGUGGGAAUUUGAAGCUGUAAAACAAGGGAUUGUAUUAUUGCUGGUGAGCGAGCUACCUCUUUGAUCUGCUGUAGGGUUUUCUUAACUCUACUUAUCACGCAAAAUUUUAGCUGUAACUACUUCCCACUUGUUUCCACUGUAAUCCCUUCGCCACGUUUUUCUUCAUAUUUUUGCUUCUUCACUUUACCUUAACGCAGAUUUCUUUCAUUGAUGUGUUUUGGUCCAACAACCUGACAAAACUAACUAGCUUGUACCCGUUACGGACGAACGUAACAGUAAAGUAAUAGAAUGCUCUGCAAUUGGUGAAACUUGAUAAACCAAUUUCGACCGGUAAAAAAAUUAUAAUUGCGAGCGUUAAGGCUUGGCUGAGAAGCCGUACUUCACAUAACCCGAAUCCAAUUCGAAUUUAGGCUGGCUCUACUUAAUUAAGUCGGUAAAAUUGAUUCAGACGCCGAUCUUUAUUCCAGCCGAACUAAAUUCAAUAGGGAAAAAACGCGCAUUUUGUUAAACUGCGUUACAAAUAUUUAUACAUUUGGUUCAGCUCAUUCGAAGUUCUUGAAUCAAGGCCGGUCCAUGGCCGUUAUUCCCGGCUGAGCCAGGCGUGAAGCACGGCUAAGCAGAGCCAAAUUCAAUUAGCAAUUUUGAAAUUGAUUCAGAAGCCACACUUCACAUGAACUGAAUUCCCUGAAUUCGAUUCAGCUCAUGUGAAGUACGCCGUCUGAUAAGGGCCUUAAAUUUCUUUUGAUGUUUCUUGCUAUUUUCAGAUCCUCCGGCCGAAGUGUGCUGCUGGCGAGAAAUAUUGCUUGUCCGGCAAGUCCUGUUUACCCAGCAGUGACAAAUGUGAACCCACCAAUAUAAACAGAUGUCAGCCUUGGGAAAUAUAUUGCAUAUUCCGACGUACUUGUAUUGCCAAUACAACCCAAAGUAACACCUCCUGUGAACCUCUGGCCCCAUACCAGAGUGAAGCACCUAGAGCGGAUUAUGAACUCAUAUCGGAAAAUCGAAUCCAAAUAGAUACAAUCGGGCAUCAUAUCAAGAGUCUGCCGAUCGAUGAGCAACCCUCGGUGAAACAAGGAGAUGUACUCGGGUGGAUUCCCGAAGGUGGAGAGCUCGCGUUCGCGAUUGUAACACCAGCUGAAGGUGCAGCGUUUGAUUUUGAGAACAGCGGCAAGCCAAACCUAGGAGAAACACUCCUCCGAACAAGCAAUCACAGCGUACACCACAAGCACUACAUAAUGGCAGCGCAUUACGUGCACGCGACAGAUUUCGUCAUACGUCAUCUGUAUAACAGCACUGGAAUGAAGCAUGUAUCUUCUAACAUCACACAAACGCUUUCGGUGGCCGUGGAUAUACCUGUUGGAGGCGAAAUCUUCAUGACUCACUCUAAAGUCGUGAACACGAUCGAUUCUGUUGAGUUUAGUAUUGCAUGGCACGUAGGCUCAAACGUUAGCUAUUUCUGGGAUUUCGGGGAUGGCAAUCGUCUGAUAACUCAGACCAAUGUGACUUAUUACACAUUCAAGUCUCCUGGAAACUAUCACAUCACCCUUAUUGUUGCAAACUCUGUGAACCAAAAGGUUCUACACAGUCACAUUUCCGUGUUCGACAUGAUUCAAGGAUUACGAUUCGCUAGGCAAAUCGAAGCUCGAGCGAUUGGCUUACCAACAGAAAUAGAAUGGGAAACUGCCGAAGGUACCAAUCUUACCUUUAUGGUGGAUUUCGGAGACGAAAGUCCUCGUUAUGAAACGACUACAGUACUCAAAGAGAGUCGAAGAGGAUUCAUCUUACAUAACUAUGCUGUCGUGGGAAACUACACGGUCACAGUCUUCGCUUUCAACUUGGUUGGACCCAACAUUUCCAUCACUUCUCACGCCGUUGUAGAAAUUCCAGUCACUGACGUCGUUUUCACAAUCCCUGCUCCGCAUGUCACACAGACGGUUUAUUUCGCGGUGGGAGACACGGUGACAGUCAAUCGGGAAGUUCAAAAUGGAACCAAUGUCAGGUGCGCGUUUGACUUCAAAGACGGAUCACCUCCUACUAUAAGUACAAAAUAUAACACAAGCCACGUGUAUACCACUAAUGGAACGUACAAGGUAGAAAUCACUUGUUUUAAUGCCGUGAACUCCGUCAAGCGACUUCUCAACGCAACCCUGGUGGUGCAGAAUCUCGAAAACAUUACCGGACUGAUUUUAAGAGCUUCCCCAUCCGUUUUUGGCACGAACUCGAGCAUUACAAUUGAGAUGACUACCGGGACUGUUUUCGUCUGUACAGUUAGUUUUGGGGACGGCGAAACAUUUCAGAUCGACUACUCUCAUCUUGGAAAAGUACUUUAUCAUCAAUUUUCGGCCGUUGGUUCUUACAAUUCGUCCGUACGUUGCCAGAAUCGGUUGGGGAACGAAGAGUAUGCAAAAAUUCUCGAAGUAGACAUUCCAGUCAAAGACGUAACCGUUACAAGUGGCAAGAGAUUCAUACGGGUACAUGAAAACAUUUUUAUUGACGUUACAGUGAGAGAAGGUUCUCGGAUGAAAUACUCGUGGGAUUUUAAUGAUGGUAGUACAUACGAUGCUUAUCACACUGUCGUAGAGGAUAACGAGCUGGUAUCUCGUAGUCAUGCGUAUUCUUACUCAGGUGAAUUUCACGUAAAUGUCACAGUUUCCAAUUCUCUGUCUUCGAUCGCUGUUGAGUUGCCACAUACCUUGGUAGUAGAGUUCCCGGUUGCAAACAUCUUCAUCAGUACAAAUAGUCCCGUUAGGCUUAAUCCUGGUCGGGUAACUUUCCAUCUAAAUUUGUCAGGCAAUGCAACGCCUCCAACAAACGCCAUCUGUGUCUGGAAUUUUAGUGAUGGGUCUAUUCCCACAGUCAUAGAGAGUUUGAAAAUUUCACCCAUGCAACCCUUCGAACAUGCCCACAAGUAUAAAAGAGAAGGGAUUUUUUCUACCUCUGUCAACAUUUCCAACAAUGUUAGUAGCCUACUAUUAACGGUUGAAGUUGACGUGCAGAAACUCAUAGAUUUAGUGCUAACCGCGGAACGUUUUGAAGACGGAGCUCGGAGCAAAGGAUUUGGUGAGCUGAAAAACUAUUUCCGUUCUAAGGAAGUUGUACUUUUUAACGUGACUUCUCAACUAAAAGAUCUCAAGUACAUUUGGCAUUUCGGUGAUGGUUCAACGCCGGGUAUAACCACCGAGCCCUAUACCGCUCACAUAUUUAAUCAUUCCGGAACGUAUACAGUUUCGGUGGAAGUGGACAAUAUUCUGGCAAAAAUGUCCACAAGCAAAGAGAUAAUCAUCCAAAAAGCUGUUGGAGCUAUAUCGGUAAACUCAAGUUAUCCGACAUACUUGGGAGAUUCGACAUAUUUCACAAUCGAUGUUGAAGAGCCGGGUACAGACAUGUGCAUUGUUCUUGACUUUAAAGAUUCGUAUAAGGCUCAUUUUGGUGACGAACGCUGUAACCGAGGGUUACCACCAAAUCACGUUUACUACGAGUUCAGUGCCAAUCAGACGCGCGCUAACCUGAGCCAUAGGUUCGGCACCAUGGACACAUACGCUGUCGCAAUGAAUGCCAGCAAUGUCGUUUCUUCAACAGUUGCGGUUACUCUUGUGAACAUUACCAGCAAUCCAUGUGAUGUGCCUACCGUGAAAAUAGUCGGUGACGGAUCUGAAUCUCCACCCUCCAAAAUAAAGAGGUCACAAAAAUUAUUGCUUAAACACCAAGCAGAGUACAGAUGUCCUGUGGCCGCCAGUCUCUUGUUUAAGUGGAGCGUAUUUCAAGUUACGCGUGACGAUCCAAAUGACGAAAGUAAACCAUUUGAAUUGCCCUGUUCAAAAGAUCAGGGCGAUUGCUUUUUAAGGGAGAUAGCACUUCCCACCACAACAAGCGAAUUGGAGAUAGCUGAUUUAGUCGUCAGCAAAGGGACAUUUCCGUUUGGUCAUAUUAAGAUUGUCCUCAAACUGGGUUUCAUCGGUACGGACAGGGAUUUGUCGGACAUCUCCGCUACUUCCUCCGUUGUGAUUGAGGUUGAGCGUUCAGAAUUGGUGGCAGUUAUAAGAGGUAAGUUAGGAAUUGCUUCUUCAGGGCUUGUACUUGUGGUUAAAGACCCGGAAAGUCAUAGAAUUUAAGAAUUUCAUUUCCAGACCGGGAAAAUUAUGGAAUGUAAUCGUCGGUUGUGUAAAGCCAUGGAAAGUCUAAGGUAUGUUUGGUAGAUUAAUCACUGUAGAAGUCAAAGCAAGGACGAAAGGAAUGAAAUAAAUUAAAGUAUUAAAUAGUUCGAACGGCACACAUUUUGGCGAACAUCAAAGGCUAUGAAGGUAUUUUGAUCUGAAUGAUGUUGGAAAAUACCCUAAAACAAAAUAGAAUAGCUUUGAAAAUUUUCGAAAGUGACAGGUAAGGUCAUGGAAAGAAGAGUAUCGGAAUCCUGAUCUGCCACCAGCCAGCGCAUGUUAGGGAGCCCGUUUCCACUCCCUCUGUUUAGUCUUCAGGCCAAAGUUUUGAUAGUGAUAGAGAUUACUAAGCAACCUACACGCCUUGAGGCAACUGUAACCCGAGUUCUCGGGCAGAACAGUACAGUAUUUUAAUUACUAAAGUGGCUGCAUUUUUCAAAAGGACAAAAGUCCUGCUUCAAUGAAGCUUCAAGGUUUGUUUGAUGUUCAUUAAAGAGACUUUUUGCUGAAAAGCAUGGAUGCUUGGUCCAGGCUAAAUGAUGAGAAAUAAAUUCCCAAAAUUUUGGAGCGUGUCGUUUAGAUGCACAACACUUGAAAAUAUGCUCGCAUUAGUUCGUUAAAACGUUACAGUUUUUUGUCACUCUGAGAUGAUGUUCUGAUAUGUUCAGUUUCCUUUCUAUUUAGGGGGUUCUAUGCGCUCGAUUGGUUACGAGUUACCCCUUACUCUUGACGCCUCAGCUUCUUCAGACCCGGACGUUCCUGGCGACAUUAGUGGCAUUACGUUCACUUGGAUGUGUCGGAGAAAGGGCGAAGAUUUCCCAACGACUGAUCCGGAUCCAAACAGUCAAGGCGGCUGUUGGAAAAACGGAACUUACGAAUUCGGACGCAACAGUAGACAGGUUGUUGUGUACACCGGUGAUUUCUACCAGAAACAAUAUUACAAUUUUAGACUCACCAUCUCCAAAGAUUCGCGCGAGGCUCACUUUGACCAAAUGGUUGAAGUUCUCGUCGGGCAACCUCCUACCAUGGUGAUAGUGUAAGGUUUUAUUUUAUUUUUCUUGUCUUCUUGUAUAUUGAAGCGUUAAUCUUAUUUUGUAAGAAGUGCAGUGAUCUCUGCAGUCAAAGAUUGGUGGGUCAAACCUUAGUUUUCAGGUGAAAAAAAAAACCCGGUCCUUUUUGCUCGAAGAAACAGCAGGAGCAUUUCUUAUUCCUGGCACCGAGGAUACAAAAACUUGCUAUGAAUCAGUUAUGUUAACCUAUUGGUGUAAGGUUGUUUUUACCACUUUCAAAAUCUAGAAUCUUUUUAACGCGAAAGAUGCUGUCCCUGAGAGGCUUUUCGUUUUGUCCUUGAGGCACUUCGCACAUUCGUAGUAUAUAAAGUUUCUUGCGCAAGUUGUUAUGCCCGUUAUGUUGGAUUCCAUAAAAUGAUAGAAACCUGACCUCAAUCAACAGGUGAAACAUGUCUCCCUGUAGAUCCCUUUGCGUUAUUUAUCGAAACUUUCAGUACACAUGAUCGUUAACCCAUUGCAACGAACUUUGAUUUCAAUUGAACAACGAUUAAUUGUGAUGAUGACGGAUAUCUCGUACAAAGCUCUUUUGUACAAGAACUCAACCAAACACCCCAGCUCCUGUCUAUGGUGAAGGAGGUAGUAAGAUAUGAUAAUGUUGAUAAUGAUGAUGAUGAUAAUAAUAAUAAUAAUAAUUAAAUAAUUAAUGAUAAUAAUAAUAAUAAUAAUAAUAUACAUUUAUAUAACCCGAGAUAAGCUAAAGCUUUGUGUCAACCCAACAUGAAGCAAAAAGCAUACGGGUAAUAGCAUUUUGGUUGUUUGUCAUUUAGGAAGGUGUUCAACAUAAAUCGAAAAACAAAUCCGUUAGAACGGCUUAGUGUUGAAGGAAGGUGUAUUGAUUGCAAUUACAACGAAGAAUCGCGCUUGGGAUACGAAUGGAGACUGUCCUUGUUGAGUGAGAACGCCGAUGAAACUCUUGACGACUCUUGGCAGGAGCAAACCGACUGGGAAGAUAAAACAACCGCAGGUAUAAACUCAAAGAGUUUGGUGAUUGAACCGGGAUACCUAUCAGCAGGACGAAAGUACAGGCUGCAGCUGAAUGCGUGGAAACCUGGUGGAAAACCCGGAGGUUAUGUGAUAGAAGAGCUGAUCAUGAACGUUUCACCGGUGGGUGGCAAGUGUGAAGUACCUUUCAUCCAAGGCUUUGCAUUGGAAACUUUAUUCAGAGUUGAAUGUACAGGAUGGAAAGAUGACGAUCAGCCACUCAAUUACUUAAUAGGUAAAAGUGCUUUUAAACAAAGCCAACACUGACGCAGUAACCCCUUUUUUUUGUAACAAAUCAGCAAUCAGCUUAAAAGGGUCUGAGAAAAUGGUCACCUAAGGCAAAAUUGCUUUGACCGUUAAAUAAAUUCUUUCGACUACGUCUUUAAGUAACUGUAUGGAAAUCAUUAAAGCCUGUGGGGUUACUCCCUAUAAUGGCCGAUACGGGAAGGCUUCACCGAUAGGGGUUCCUUGGAAUAUCAAAGGGUGAGGGGUUGGACCGCGGGACGAAGUCUCCCCGUAUUAAACUUUUUUAGGUACCCACCUGGGAGUUAAAGCGGCUUUGUCAUAAUGACAUUUCUAGCCUGACUAAAGCUGAGCUGAAAUUAUUACCAAGUAUUCUCGUUCAUCUCUUCUGAUAACUUAUUGGAACUCUAAAAGAAAGAUAUCAAAUGAUUCAAUUAAAGGGAAAAACAAAGCAUGAUCGGCUUUGCUCCUUCAACAAAUUUUAUUGUACCCAAAGCAGAAUAUUUUAGUUAUUUACAAGUUGUUAAAUUAAUCAAUUAACUAAAAGGGGUACUGACUUCUUGAAAUAACUAAUGAGUUAAAAAUGCCAGGAAGCCAGAUUGUGUAAGAUAAUUUAAAUAAGUUUAUUGUGCGAGGUACAAUAUGGCAGCAUAUCAGACUGUAUACACACAAACACACACCCAACACAUACACUAGCAAGUAUUACUGUAAGAAGAGCGAAAAAGUAGGAUGGAAGUUACGAAGUACAAGAUAACUGUCAAUAUUUUGGUCAGUUGCGGACUGUACAGGAGUUUAAUUUGAAAAAGUUGGCCCAAUUUGUUCAAGUUGCAAUCAGUUUCCAUCCUGGCCAUCGAAAGCCAAAGGCAUUCUGUCACAGCUGAGAUAAAGUGGUAGAGUAGUUUUGUAUAAAACUGCGCUGAAAAUCGAAAAUUUCCGUUUCAGCCCCAAAGUGCCAAUUCAGCCCUGCAGGCCAAAGCCCGAUUCAGCCCCUCCUGGAGCCAUUUGAGCACAAUUUAAACCAACACGCUAUUCCAGCCCACGCUGGGAUUCAUUUCAGCCCUUGGGUCCGAAUCAGCCCUAGGUAACUGGACUGCAUUGGCCCUGAUUAAGGGUGCCAAAUGAGACUCAAAAAUAAGACUGUAUUUUACUCACCGUACCGGCCCCAUUUUAAACGCUAAAACAGAUCUUUCUGAUUUACAGUGUGAACCCGUUUUUUUCUUCCUUUGAUACUAUGUGUUUUAGGGUUUUAAAGUAAAACCAAAAUCUUGUUUUGUUGUUUUUCAGACGUGAAUACUGGGGUUGAAUCCAUCCCCAUGGCAGCGGGUGUUGAAUCAAAGAUGGAGGCAUGUUUUCCUCUCGGAAAACCAGAGAGUAAUUAUACAGUUGAAGUCAUUGUGAAGGUCAUGGAUGACUACGGUUUGAGCACAACAGCUGGGACUACUAUAGUUCAGGCAAGCGAGAAUAUUGGAAAUAUUGGGUUUGAUUAAGAGUAGAAAUAAGUGUAUUGCAAAACCUAGCGGUGCUCGGGGGAGAGUGGCCCAUAAAAUCUUGGGCGACACGAGGAGCCGCAAGAGGUGAUAUUUUUGCACGGCAUCUGGCGGCACAUCAAAGAAUUUGGAAUUGAAGGGCAAAUUCCUAGAAUAUCUUCGCCAGUUAAGCUAGAGAAAAGGUGUUAAAAAACCUCAGGAUCCAAAGCAACACGUCAAUCAAAAUAUCACUUGGACCUUUUCGCUAAUGAAGAGCUAUCACGCGGCUAAGCUUGAAUUAGACAUACAUUGAAAUAGGAACUCGUGUCAAUAAAGUAUCUUAAGUGAGUGGGAAUCGCUCCUAGUUAAAAAACUGGUUCACGGGGAUAUGCAUCUCUUCUAGUUAAGAGAAGGGAAUCAGAACUGCUUUUCAUACAGGAACAGGUUUUCUUCGGGCUAACUACAAAACUUCAGCUUAUUUCACUCCUUGACAUUGUCAAAGCGCAUUUUGUAAAGAUAACUUUUUCCGCUUUAUCAGCUUUUUUUAUAUUAUAUUCCAUUAAUGUUUAACCUCCCUCAAAAAGCCAAAUAAUAUAAAUGCUGUUGUUAAAAAAAGCGUUUUACCUGUUUUCGUGAAUUCGCUACCCAAAGAUCGCUAUGCUCAAAGGACAGGGCAAAAUUUCCAGGAGAGAGGCAUUAAUUUUUUUCCCACGAGAUUACAAAGAGAAAAUGCAAUGAUUAUUAUUGUAACCAUCAGGUAUACUCUACCCACGAGGUUACGGACAGCAAAUGCAGCGAUUAUUUUUAAUGUAACCAUCAGGUAUGUUCUACCCACGAGGUUACAAAGAGAAAAUUCAAUGAUUAUUACUGUAACGUAACCUUCAGGUAUGUUCUACCCACGAGGUUACAGAGAGCAAAUGCAGUGAUUAAUAUUAUUAUUAAAUGUAACCGUCAGGUAUAUUCUACCCACGAGGUUACAAAGGGAAAAUGCAAUGAUUAUUAUUAACGUAACCUUCGGGUAUGUUCUACCCACGAGGUUACAGAGAGCAAAUGCAGUGAUUAUUAUUAAAUGUAACCGUCAGGUAUAUUCUACCCACGAGGUUACGGAGAGCAAAUGCAGUGAUAUUAUUAAUGUAACCAUCAGGUAUGUUCUACCCACGAGGUUACAAAGAGAAAGUGCAAUGAUUAUUAUUAACGUAACCUUCAGGUAUGUUCUACCCACGAGGUUACAGAGAGCAAAAGCAGUGAUUAUUAUUUUAAAUGUAACCAUCAGGUAUAUUCUACCCACGAGUUUACAAAGAGAAAAUGCAAUGAUUAUCAUUAACGUGACCUUCGGGUAUGUUCUACCCACGAGGUUACAGAGAGCAAAUGCAGUGAUUAUUAUUAAUGUAACCAUCGGGUAUGUUCUACCCACGAGGUUACAGAGAGCAUGCAAAUGCAGUAACAAUUAUUAGAUUUUAGUGCAACUAUCAGGUUGAGUUCCUCCAUUAAAAGAGUUUUUUGCUAGGGUUAAACAAGUUUGGCUUUCAUGAGUUUCAAGGUGCAAGAAAUUAUCAGUAUAAUUAUAGCACACAAACAUUGUCAUCUAAUUUUUCGCACGUAGCCGGAAUAAGCCAAGAAAUGAAGCAUAUAUAACGAAAAAUCGUCCUCAGAUGAUCUCCAUUUUAAGUAAAUGAUACUAAACGUUGCGAAAGAAAUUAUUGUUUGUAUCCGUCCUAUCCAUCGUAAAAGCGAGGGGUCAUCGCAUGACAUCCGGUAUAUUAAACAGAGGUAAUACUCACGGGUUUCACGAGUUGUAUGCACUAUUUUUCCCCGAGAAACAAAUUGAAACUUCAAUUCUUACCUUACAGUAGUCCGUUCUUUUACCUUGCAUUCGACAACAAAUCUGUUAAAGGCGAACAAAGCGAUUCCGGCACUCUUCUUUAUGAUGAGUAGCAAGCCGCAGGAACUGAAGCCGCUUGACUGAAGUAAAAUCCACCGAUAUGCGCGGCAUUCUCACUACAAAUAUAAACAAACGUCGCGGAGAAAAAAAGACGAGGAGGAAAAAAUGCCAGAUCUUCGCCUCGGCAAUGUAUUCCAGCUACCAUGCCGGCGUAUCUCUAGAAGGUGGACUCGACGCGGGACAAACCUUCUGAUCUUUUUUUAGAAGCCCUUUGCGCGCAAACUAAUUUAUUCUGGUGCGAAAUGAAGAAUAUGUAUACUGAAAUCUAAUCCACAACAAGAAGAUUUUCGCACUGUAGCGCGACAUAUUCAAUGCCUAUUUUUACAAGUACGCGGGGAAAGUGGUCCACUAGUUUAACUUUUUUAAGAUGAAAUUACUCCACAAAAGCAAAAUGAAAUGUUUUAUCUCUAUGUUGUUUACGUGCCUGAUUAGAAGGCAGAAGUAAAUUCAUCAUACAGACCCCAUCAAGAUGAAAGUACACGAAUGAAACGGAAUAAGUCUAGGACGGUUUAGUUUCUACUCAGCAGCUUCUUUGCUUUUAUAACAAAAAUUUAAUGUUGCAGUCUGUUUUAAACGUUGGCAUAUCAACACGCACAGUCACUGAAUGAAAACAACAGUCACGAUCACGUUCUUCGAAACCGGCCAGACGCGCGCGACCUACCACUGUUAUGGUAAGCAAUUAUCCUGAAGGUGUUAAUGUUCCCGUGACAGUCUUCGCACUAAAGGUGUAAAUGGUAAACCGAACGGUCGCUUUGAUCAUCAGAAAGACCUGUCAACUUUGAUGAUUUAACUGAUUAAAUUACGGGACAGAAAUUUUACUGCAUGCGGCUCCUCGUGUCUUCCGGUGGUUCGUUUUUUUUUUAGCAUUUUACUUUUUUUGGCGAUUUUCCGGAGUUCUGAUUUGGAUCAAUUUUACGGGUGAACUUAAUUUUUUCCUAGAAAAGCAGCAUUAGUUGUUUGCACUGCUGCGCAUAAACCUUGCACUAACUCGUCUUAAAGAGUUAACCAUCUGCCACUUUACAAAACCAGUUUUCUGUUUGUGACGCAGGAUGUUUUGCUAUGGGAUGUCUUCAAUCUUUAUUUGAUAUACCACCAGAAACCUAUAAAACUACGGAAAUUAAUCCUCGCGAAAUAACAAUAGAAAGAAGUGACAUCACACGAUUUGGAUUUUAGACAUAUCUUGCGAACUAAAAGUAGAAACAGGAGAAAUGAGGGUUUGACUGAUUCCAAAAGUAGACUCCGGACAACAUAUAUUACGUUGCAAAUUGUUGUCAUGGAUAGGCUUUUAUAGAUCGGCUCGCAAAAGUAGCAUGAUAUGCCACUAACAGUGCUCGCAUAUUGCGAAAAUUUUGGCCAUGUAAUCAUGCUAGAUUUUGUAAAUUAAAUUCAUUUCAGCAAAAAAUGCAGAAAUUAUACCUUUACUUAUACUCUAAAUUUGGUAAAACACCUAAAUAACUAUGCAACAAGUAAAUGGGAAACCCUAUUUACAACUAGCUCCUUUACUUCUACAUAAAUUGUUAUAAAUUCCCUGGAUGUUAUCGCUGUAUGCACUCGCUAUUGCGGACGCUAUCUUGGUUGUGAAGCCAUCUUGGUAACCAACAAGUUAUGCGCAUGCGUUAAGUCAUCUCGAAUAAGUCCUUGGUCACUUCCUCCCCAGGUCCCAUUAAUGUGUUAAUAAGACGACAAAAAUUGAUUUUGUUACUGAAAUUUGUCUAUAACACUGGUCUCGGCCAAAAAAGUCGGUUGCAUGAUCAAUAAAUAACAAUUUGUGCAUCAAAACUAGUCAAAAGUGAACAUUAUGCUAGAAGCGCUUUUUUCAGAAGAUAGAUGCAAAUUAUGCUCGUAAUGACGGACUAUGCCAAAAAUUAUGCUAGCACAAUCUAUCAAAGCCUAGUCAUGGGGACAGAAAACCAAAAUAAUAACUGAGACAUUGAAAACGAUAUACAUUAAAAUGCGCUUACAUCGGCGGCUAAACAUCUUAGGUAAACAAAUGUACGACAACGCAUACAAGUGACUAACUUGAAGUUGUUGGAAAAACACAUGCCUUGAUUUCUACUGCACAUGCGCGGUCGAUAUGCCCCACAGGAAGCCCAUGCUGCGUAUGGUACAAACUCACAUAUUUUCUCUCGUAAUGUCGAUUGUUUUCAGAUUAGAACUAUUACUUGUACGUCCUUUCAGGUCUUAGAACCCGAUACAGUUGAUUACGACAAAGUAAUGGGGGACAUGACGAGCUCAUCAGACCAAGAAGGAGGUGAUCAGAAAGCCGUGCAACUCGCCACGGCUUGCAGCUCGGUGCUGAAUGCUAAGGCGGGUAAAGAAGAUGAAGAUGCUUCGGCCCAGGGGGAGCGAGCUACUGUGAGUUUUUUGACAUCAACUUCAACUGUUAUUUGAAUUUUCAAAUGAAUUACAAAAACAAAUUUAGGACUUGCCUGCAGAUAGCAAGUCUAGUCGAGGCAGGCUCGGCUUUUUUUACAAUUCUAUUCUGCGGUUUGAAGGAUAUCAGGUCGCGUUCCUUUAAAUGAUCUUUUAAAGGGUUCAGCUUUUGGUCUUUUCUUAAAGAAUUUGAGGUAUCCCGGUCCUAUUUUUGACCCCCAAAACGUCGUCGUUUGGGCUGGUGGAGUGCUCUCUGGAUUUUUGUAGCCUGCAAUCUUGAUCUAUUAUUCUUGGUUUGCAACCACGUGGAAAGGCGGCCAUGUUGGAGGUCAAUACAUAGAAUUUUUUCUCGAAGAAUUUACAUAAAAAUAGAGUUCAGUUCCGAGAGAAGAGAAAUGCUUUGUUGACCACCAACAUGGCCGACGUGACGUCACAUGCAAACCAGCAAGAGAGCGUUUUCACUCAUCAAGUGGCCAGCGGCUAUGCAAAUUUACUGGAACAGAAGAAAUUUUUUACAUAACAAAAAGUUUCUACUCCCACUGGAUUGGUUUUGGAAAAACCAACAUGGCCAACGUUUCAUUGUUUUGGGACAAUAUGGCGGAUGUGACGUUAUGUUAAAACGCUCUAUAGAGUCAAAAUUCAGUUAAGUUAACACGUUAAAAAGAGAGCAAGUCGAUGUUUGAAGGAAGAUCAUCUACAGAUACAAAGUGCAUUUUUAAAGUCAGGGUCAUUCAUUGAAGGAAUCUACCAACAUCUGACUUCAUUGCGACGAAGAGUUAAGGCUUUUGAAUCUUUUAAUGACGGUAUUUACUUUGUGACCUCAGUUCAUGUUGUUGUUUCCCUUUCCCUCUGACUCAGGGCCAUAGUUUCCCUAGAAAAAACUCCAUCCAACAAAUGGUCCUUUGAGGGGCUUCAUUACUAUGCGUCGCGUUUUGAAAACAACUAAAUCUUUUUUCGACCAAGUACAUUGAUUAAUUUUCUCCUCGUGUCACUAAAAAAAUGCUCCCUUAGGGACAUGAAGAUGAAAUACUAGGCAAAUUUCCUCAGGCAACGCUCAUAAUAAUUUUUUUUGGUUAUUGUUGAAUGCAUGGCAUUGAACUUGAAGUUUCAAUCCACGUCCAUCCUUGCGAUCCGUUGCAAAGGACGACAGGAAACAGUUUCAAUACCUAUAUAUAGUCUAAAAUAACAAAACUGGACCAUUAUUUUUUGGAAUUUAAUUGAUGCAAAGACAAAAUUUACCUUUUUAAAAAUAGCGUGAAUACCCAUUUUAACGGAGGCACAGGGGUUGAAAAACUCUUCACUUUUCAGUUUUUUAUCGAAUUGCAUCUUUUUUUUUUGCUUUCUUUCCGUAUUGCAGUUCCGCGGCAAAGUAGCAGGCGCAUUGAGUGAACUCCCUGUUAAAGAUUUUGACGGUGUAGCGAUGAAAGGAGAAGCUCUUAAUUCACUGACCCAAGCAACUGGGGAAAUCGACGAGGAUGCUCAAGUAGAUAAGCAUAUUUCACACAUUUAUUUUUACUUGGAAAAAAGUCAUUUUAAAAGUAUAUUAAGUGCACUCUUUCUAAAAACGGAUACCGCUUGAACUGGCUCUUAGUGACCUUAUUGUAUGGCUGAACCCGUGAACGGGCGGGCGAUGAUGCGAAUCCAUCAUGCCCGCUCGGGUUUUCCGAAUUUUUACCGGAAGAACAGAUUUUGUUUCGGCCAUAUAUAGUAAAUCCUUUACUGACCACGCUCGUUCAGUCAAGAUGGCUGAAUAUUGGCUUUAGUUUGUUCAUUAACCUCGACUUCGUCUCGGUCCAUAAAAACGCAAGAAAGAACUUGGCCAAUAUCCAGCUAUCUUGACAUCACGCUUGUCAAAUAUAUAGUGAGACAUAUCGUCCUGAUGAAGGUUGAAAAAAAAUGACUGAACAAUGGCAGGGAUGAACUACUGGUGUCCGUUUCAGGAAUGUGUACGUCUAGUGAGAGAGUUGUCUGGUAGAAAAGAGUUGACUGCUAAACGCGCACUGCUCAAAGGCAAAAAAGAGAUCCGUUUAACUUACAGGUUUGUGCAGUAAAGUUAAGUCAGGCCUACUGGGAACUUCGAUUUAAGUAAACGCGAUACCUAAUCAACAAGAUUUUCCACAUCUAUAUAUAUUUUUGCUCUUUCCUUUUGCUGGUGCUUACUCGAAAUUACCCCCUUUGUAUAAAAUGGUCAUAAAGUGCUUGCCUUCUGAGUCCUGAGCCUGCUGACCUAGCAUAACGCGUUGCUUUUACUAUUUUUUUUUUUAACAGAACGCGACAGUAAAGGCCUUGGACGAAAUGGGAGACUUCUUAUCAGGAAGCGACAGUGCGCGUGACGUGGAAAAUGUUGCAAAGAGCCUAGGUUCUGCUAUAGGGAAUGUAGUUGGAGCCUCUAUUGAAUCAUAUCAAAAAGCUGCUAAUGGAACUUCUGCAGGCGACCCGGUAAGUUCCAUAAGAUUUCUUUUCGUUAGAAUUUAAAAAUAAAUAAAUAAUAAAUAAAUAACCUCGUAUAACAAUCUGUUUAAAAAAGAAAACUAUAGUGGUGGGUUUAUGGGAAGGGGCCGGGAGAACGUCCUCCAAUUUUAUACCUAACCAAGGCCCUCAGGGCUGAGGAACAUGGUUUUUUUCUCUAGCGACCCCACCCCCCCCCCGCCCCCGCCCCCACCCAUCUCUAGGUAGUUUGUUGAUCAUUGGUACGGUGAAUUUUCCUGUACAGAGCAAGAGUCAAAACAACACCAAAAACGCCCUUGGUGUUAUUGACAAAGUCAGCGGUGCUCUUCUAAAGCAGCUAGAGGCAGGAGGCAAACCCAAGGCCAUCUCCUCUCCGAAUCUGGACAUGUCUGUUGGUAGAAAGACCUUGGAUAGUAUAGGAGGAGCGGAUGAUGACGAGGAUGCAGAAGAGGGGGAAGGAAUGGGCGGGGUCAGGCUCCCCAAUCCUUUGGGACUGUUUGGACCAGCUAACGCGUCUGUUGAGGAGGGAGCUACGAGCGCUAUUGGCUCAACGGUGAGUGAUGAAAUAAUGUUCUUCUGACGUCAGUUAGAUGUAAGUUGCGCUGUAAUAUUUCUCGUGAUUUAGAAGCUUUUCUCGUGUUCUCCCAACAUCCCGCGUGGGUUAUCACGCCGAUAGACCCAUAGAAAGUGUGGUCUAUUGCUUAAAUAACCAAGCUCUUUAAUCUUCUCCCUAAAGUCGACUCGACAUCUUACCAUAAAGUGGUAUUAUUAAGACAGGAGGUUGGGUGAUACUAAACAGAGAAAUUUCCAGGAACUAAAUUUUGCAAUAAUGUGACUCAUCAUUUGGCGCUUGCGGUUUGUUUUUUAAACGUCGGGUGUCUUUUUUUUUGCUUAGGCCCGGUUCAGACGCCGAACUUAUCAUGAGCCGAACCUAAUACAUUGAAUUAAGUACAUGGAAAGUUCGGCGUCUGAAUCAGUUAGGAACGCCUGUUUCAAUUUGUAACGGCUUAGCCGUUCUUUUCGCCUAGCCCGGCCGGGAUUUUCGCCUUUGGAGCUACUUUGGAACGGCUUUGAUUUUUCAUGUACCGAACCUAAUGCAUAAAUUAUUAUAACGUAUUUUGUAAGCUGUUUGACCGAAAUGAGCAUUUUUCGCCUUUUGAACUUAGUUCAGCUGCAAUUAAGAUCGGCGUCUGAAUCAAUUCGGCCUGUCUAAAUAAUUUGGGUCGGCCUUAUUGCAAAUUAGGUUCUGCUCUUGAAAAGUUCGGCGUCUAAACCGGGUCUUAGAAAGUUGCUUAUGCUUCCCUUCGUUUUUUUUUUAAUCGAAAAAAAGAAAAAACAAGGAAAAAUAGUGUCAUCCCGACAGUUUUUUUGUUAAUACAGACUGGUUUGAAUACCCAGAUGCUGCAGUACAAACUAUCCAUUUUCGUUUACUUUUUUCAGCUUUCUGCCAUGGACAAGAACCCAUUUGCGUGGGAUAACAGCUCAAGUGAUCUUAACUCCAAAACUGUUGGCUUGUCACUCACCGAUGGAAACGGAAAACCGUUAGACCUAGCUGGACAGGAACUAGAAAUGUUUGUACCGCGAAAUCUGAAGAUAAACCCAGUGAAACCUAUGGAGUUAAACCACUUUGAAGACGGCGAUCCGCCCAUGCGAGUGCACAAAUUUAAUCGCUCAAGCCUCGACGCGGGGAUAGCGGUAGAGAUUAAGACUUUCCAUCCGGGUAUUCGGUUCAUGGUGGCAGUGAGGUAUGACAAGAAACCGACCGCCAAUCAUUAUGAUUACGCGCAUACGUUUCCAACUCUGGAGGAGUCCAAGAAAAUGAAGAAGAGACCACAUCCAUUCACCUACGUGAUUCCUCAUACACUUAUCAACACGCUGUUGUUUGGAAACAAAAAUGAAAGCGACAAUGAUACGAAAGCCGAUGCGUCACAAAAUAUCACCAUCAAACAGUUUUAUCUGGGUGUGAAAGCUGUAAACAAGGAUUCGUUAGGCGACGUUAACACGAGUUACGCAUUGCGUAUCUACCUGCCUGCUUGCAAAAUGUUUGACGAGGAAACUAACACUUGGACAUCGAAAGGCUGUAGGGUAGGUUUAAAUUAUCUUGUUUAAUUUAGUACAUUUUUAAAAACGAUAUUUUUUAAUUGUUUUUGAUGUGGAUACGUGUACAGUAAAUCCUCUAUUAAUCCCCCUGGGGGGCUUAUUUAUUUCAAACCUAUCUGAGGGGGGCUUAAUAGAAACGGGUGGCUUAUUCGGGAGGAGGGGGGGGGCUUAUUUACUUUAGAAAAAACAAUGGUAUCAGUUGUCCACAAAGAACUAGAACACAAAGCGGAGAAGCUCAAGAACAAAAUGGUUGGAGUUCAUGCAGCCGAGAAUCAGAAUCAAAUCCAAAUUUCCAGUUGGUAAAUAAACCAUCCUGGAUCAGUCUACGCGAAGUUUUAGAGGGGAGGGGGGGGGCUUAUUAACUUUCUCCCCCUGAAAAAGGGGGGCUUAGUAGAGGAUUUACUGUAUUUACCUUUAUGACUCUAACGUUUGGAUGAGAUUUCGAGUAAUCUUGCGCAUUCACGGUCAACGGAACACCUAAACGCACGAAUUUUCGACCGGUCGAAAAUUCGUCCGUUGCCGUCUGAACAUAGCCUGAGACAAACUUCGACCAUGUAAGCCUUGCGACGUGCAUGCGUCUUUACUGUUUAUCUUUCCUUUUAACAGGUGGGCCCUAAAACCAUCGUUAACAGCACACACUGCUUGUGUAAACCAGGCGAGGAAGAAGAAGUGGAGGAGGAAGUGGAUGAUGAAGAAGCUACCACAGUAGCACCAGCAACAACUGCUGCCGCAGCUCCUGCAAGCGGUCAAGACCAAACACCCGCUAAGAAGGUCAUCAAACGAAGGCGGUUUAAGAGAAGUGUCAACAAAAUUUCCAUUGCAAGUAAGUGUAAACGUAAUAAAUAACCAGGAGUUGGAAAGUUUACAAAACUGUUGGCUUAAUUCAAAUCCUCUUGGGAAUUGGCAACUGUUAUUUUAAAAAUUUGUUGAAACAUCCGUAACCGUUUAAGGAAAGUCUCUAAAUCAAUUUUACCGUUGUCGAAAAGUGUUCGACUAGAGGUAUUCUAAGUCAGGCAAAUUAGCUCGCUUGUCUAAACCCAAAACAGUUUUCUCGCUGGCUUUUGAUUUGGGCUGGACAAUACCUUAUGUGAGAGACCUCUCAGAUGAUCGUAACAAAGUGCGCACGUCAAUCCUCAAAUUUAACCCAUUCCUCGGUGAUUGUAUACCCUAAAGAAACUCUGCCAGUAUUAAUUUGCUCCGAAGCAUUGACUGUAUUAUACUAUUGCUUGUUUCUUUUCUCUUUUCUCUGUACUAACUUUCAGAACUGACACUCAACAAAAACACUGAAAACUUCAUCAAAUUAACCAUUUUGCAGGUAGCAUGUUCGUGGCGCCCAAUCCGAUUGAUUUUAACAAAGUGUUUAACGCCAAUCUGGCGGAGAACCCUGUCGCUCUUGCUGCUGUAUUGGGGAUAUUUGGAGUAUAUUUGAUUCUGGCUGUUUAUGCUCGUAGAGAGGACAAGAAAGACAUUGGAAAGGUAUUGAGGCGCUUGCUUAAGGGUUGUUUGAAUUCGUGUUGUACGGAUUAUUACUCCAGUUGGUAGCCCUACAAAACAGUCAACAUAAAUUCGUGAUGCCAAACACUGGUUUCCUCGCUAAAUUUUGUCGGAGGAACGCGCGCAGAAACUCCGUACUGACGUAUCCCUCACUACCCAGAUCUAGAUAGUGCUUCUGAUUGGUCGUGCCGUGAGGGAAACUUGUUUUAACCAAUAGGAAGUACUUCCCAGAUCUGGGUAGAGCCAGGUCAUUAGUACGGGGUUUUGAAAGCGGAGAAAACUAGCGGUAGCUUUGCAAAAUGUCAGCUGUUUGUUCGGGCAGGCUAUCCAGUGGGGGAAUGCUUAGCCCAAAGGUUUAACCCAUUACCAAUGUUUACUUAAACGGUGCUAUUAUCACAUUUAUAAAACAAGACUUUGUACCGUUUCUUAUUUACCUAAGAAAAAGGUUCAGCAAAGAACAAAGGAAAGCCACUAAUAACAUUCUUGGUUCAGUAAACUUAUCUCAAAACAGCUGAGCACAUGAGAUACUGGCUUCAGAAGUUUUUUUACUCGAACAAACUUGAGAAGCCCGAGUGUUGCCAUGACACGCAUCUCUUGCCAAGCAAGGCGUAAGACUUGCUUCAUCUAGCUCGGCCCCAAAGCCAGCCACAAAUCAACUACUAAAUUUGCUCAUCGUCUAAAUGUCCAAUAUUCAUUUUGUGUUGAAGGUUGGAGUGACUCCUCUCGAAGACAACGAGCCAUUUGAUCGACAGCACUAUGAAAUUACAGUGUAUACGGGUUACGGUAAGAGGGCAGCCACUACAGCUGAGGUGAGCUUUAUUCUGUCGGGUGACGAAGGAGAAAGCGAGCCUCGUCUUCUGAGGGAUCCAAAGCGAAAGACGUUUCAACGGCGCGGUGUUGACGUGUUUCUGGCAACGUUUCCUGAAAGCCUCGGGGAGCUUAACUAUUUACACAUAUGGCACAAUAAUGCCGGCAAGUUUUUUAAUCUUUGUGUUUACUCUUAAAACUUGUUACUCUGUACGUAAAGGCAACUACUGCUGGUGUUACCUCUUAAAAAUAAAACGCCGAGAAACUCGUGCAUAUUAUGGAUAGAUGGUACGCCUCUAGCAGCCUUCAGUCUUAGGCAAUAAACUGGUUAGGGAUGUUAAACGUUUCCUUUAUUUCUUGGAAACAUCUAGGCUGUUACAAACCCUUAGAUCGUGGAGCAGUAGUUGCUGUUAGGAAAAUGCACGAUUGCUGAUGUUGACUCCUGCUUCAUGCAAUCUUACGACAAAUUUUAUCUACACCUUUUGCAGAGGAACACUAAAACAUCCUGUUAUUUUCAGUUUACUGAGCCCUAUCCUAAUACGUCUUAACUUCUUCUUGACAGGUCGAUCCCCGUCUUGGUAUGUCAGUCGGGUAGUCGUGCACGACCUGAACAGUGACAAGAAAUACCUGUUUAUCUGCGAGGGAUGGCUAGCAGUGGAAGAGGGUGAUGGUACAGUAGACAGACUAAUUCCAGUCGCCGGCCAUGAGGAGAUGACAAGCUUCAACCACUUGUUUUACUCCACCACACAGAAGAAUUUAGCAGACGGCCACCUGUGGUUCUCAGUGUUCAUUCGCCCGGCCAGAAGUCGUUUCACGCGACUCCAGCGCAUAAGCUGUUGCUUAACACUGCUGUACUGUUCCAUGAUUACAAACGCCAUGUUUUAUCAGGUGGGAGGGGAGAGUGAUCCAGCUACCACGCUACAUAUAGGACCUUUAGCGUUUAGCCCUGCACAGAUUGGAAUCGGCAUCAUGAGUAGUCUAAUCAUCAUUCCUGUGAAUAUUUUAAUCGUGGGGAUAUUCAGAAACGUUGAGGCCAAACCAACAAAAGAGGAACUGAAAGAAAGGCGCAAAAAUAGAACUUGUUGGUGGUUCCAAGAGUUAUUUUUCUGCCUGUUCGACUUCAACAAGAGUAACAAGAACGAUUUUAUUGAGAUUUUGCACACGGGUUCGAAACAAGAACAAUUCCUAGACUUUGCCUCCUCCAGUACAAACUUGGCACAAAACGAUCAGAUUGGGAUGGGUUCUGGCGUAGAAUCCGAAGACAUUAGCUUCCGAAUUUCCAAGCAAGAGCGAAAGGAAGAAGCAGAAAAGAAGAAGAAGAAGAAAAAGAAAAAGAAGAAGUUGCUUCCUUACUGGUUCCUUUACAUCGCCUGGGUGGUUUGUUUUUUGACUUGUUUUACCACGGCUUUUUUCUGCGUGCUCUACGGAUUGCAGUUUGGUAAAGAAAAGUCUGCUCAGUGGAUCUCUUCCAUGUUAAUAUCGUUCUUUCAAGACGUACUGAUCAGUCAGCCCAUUAAAAUCCUUGGAAUCGCUCUCAUCAUCGCUGUUAUUAUCAAGAAACCAGCAGAAGAAGAGGAGGAGGAGGGCAGUGACACGAAAAAACUGGAAGACGAAGAUUGGUUGCAUGAUAGCCCCAGAGGUCAGGGAGUGAUGAUCCUAAUCAGCGGAUAAAACGAACCCAUUCUAUAGUUCAUCUAUUUAACAUUGGAGGCGGGAAAAUCUAAAUUAUAAAAUCUUUUAGCAUAAUACGAAAUAUAUAGUUACGGUAUAGAAACGCAAAAGCAAAUUGUACGUAAUUUGGCCCUGUAAAUUGGUUUUAAUUUACCAAUGGAUCUACUACCUCGGCCAUUAAUCGUUGGAACACUUGACACCUCACUACCCUGUACCCCGCCCUCCUCACAAAGGUGGGAAAAACCGAGAGUUUUGCCAGUGAAUGUUCAAACACCAACCAUUGUCAACUUUGUGAAGGCGAACAAGGAGAGUCCCAUGAAGUGUUUCAACUAUGUCGACCAGGGUUGUAGAUGCUUGAAUCUAGAUGACAAAGAAAAACUAGAUAAAGUUGUAAAAACAACUCGUCUUGAUAGCGGAGUAUAUGUCUUUUUCAGAGACGACAGAUAGAAGAGUGAAACCGAAGACUCUUAUUCGUCUUCAACCACCUGACAAAGACAAGCUGGAGCAGGCUAGACAAAUCAGGUAUGGUUUUUGGUUGCCAGUGUCUUCUAAUCUUAUUCUUUUGUGCAUAUUUGUAAUUAUCUGGGAGCUUUGCUAGCCUUCUAAUGAGAAUUUUUAGACCAUUUCCUCUCAAAAGGUGUUGAAUUCGAAACAACCGUCCCUUGUUUCAAAUGUUUCUUGCAAGGUAACGAUUACUCAGUUUUGCUGUGAUAAAGAUUUGCUUAAGAAAGCUGCAGUAGAAGGUCAUCCUUCAAACGUACAUCACUCUCAAUAAAUCGUUGAAGAGUUGAUCUUUACAUUGAAGGCGCAAAUCACUUGAUACUAAUCUCAACCACCUCCAACAAGAGACCACUCUUUGUCUAGCAUGGCGUGAGCACAAUGCUAUAAAUAAGAGACCUAGAGAUCAACCAAUCAUAGACUAUCUAACAAAGGCUCUUUUUCAAUCAUUUUCAAGGUUCAAAGAAAUGAAGAUGAACGCAAUUAUCAAGGAAGUUGCUCUCUACGUGUUUUUCGUGGCCUGUUUGUGCAUCGUCAGUUAUUCUCAUCGAGAUCCAAAAUCAUUCGCUUUUAGAAAAACAAUGUAUGACACGUUCGUGGACGGAGUGUAUGGAGGAAAGAAAUCAUUUUCAGCGGUAAGUUUUUCUCUCAAUGUGAACGAAUUACUAAUUACUUCCCUCGCCUAACCAUUUUACAUGCGCACACGAGGCUAGUACCCAGGGUUGUAGUGGAUUUAGUAAGACACUUUUUGACAGAGCAUGGAAGAGAUUUCAGAUCUGCCAGUUAAAGUUUUAAGAACGGUAUUCUUAAACAAACUUAAUCUCUGCACGAGUUACUUCUUUUAUGCGCACAUUUUCAAUUUCUGUUGUUGUUGGCUGAUCAAUAACAUCAAAGGAAAGGAAACCUCAAAAACACUAUCUUUAUUGUGAAAGGUUUGAACCCAGGAGUCAUUUCAAAAGUAGGUUGAGUUUGAUCGUCCGGGUGAACGUAGUCCUGAAUAGGACUGUUGUUGUUGACAGUGACUGACGUUUCGACAACCUGUGCGGUAGUCAUCUUCAGAGUCAAAGUGAGUUGUAUCACGUCAGUUGAUGGUAUUAUACUCUGGUUAUUGAUCUGAUUGGUCAAUUAUCUUUAUUGAUAAGCACUUAGGAUCAUUUCAGUAGUAGUUGAUCUCAUAAAAUAGUAAGCUCGUAAAUGGAACGAUAGCGCGUGGCACUGUUCUUUCAUCCGCGAAAUUACCAUAAACAUUACCACUUGUAUUUCUUCCCCGUAGAUCGGGAAUCGUGAGAACUUUUAUACCUACGCCAAGACCACGUUGAUGAACGCGCUCUACACCACAUCCUGGUACAAUGGGAAUGCCACUGAUGCUGGAUUCACACCAGAAAUGAUGGCCUACAUUAUUGGAAUGGCGAGACUAAGACAACUCCGAGUUCAAAACCGUGAGUAAUCUUUAAAGAUCUUUGUUAGCCAAAUUUAUCGUACCUGUUAAGACAAUACUCUCAAAAUCAAAAUCUUUAAUUUUUUUUAAUAUUGUAAAGUAAUAAGAAUAAAAACAAACAGCAGUAUUCGAAAAUUCCAGCGAAGGCGAUUUAUCGGAAUGGUCACACCAUAUGGACUAACUGACUGUAAAGCUGGAGGUAUACACGACAAGCGCAGAUGGGCCUAGCUGGUCUGCAAGGCUGGAACCUAUUCUUUCUCUCCCUUUCAUACUUUUCACCAUUCAACUAAAAGGACUGAAUAUCAUUUUCAGUUUUAUUUGAAUUGGGACAUUACAUACAUCUUGUGUGGGCUUCGAUCAUUUCUGUCUGUGGUAUUGCGAAGUACUGUACAACGGUUUUUCUGAAGAGGGGUCAUAAACCCGAAUUUGUGUUUUUAAAAAAAAAACAUUUGACGCUUAGUUGUUGAUAUUUCUUUACCGAAUAUCACCUCAUCAGCCCUGAUCCCAGUCCAUCUCAGCCUGCGAACAGAGCCUCCUUUCGUCUUCUUCUCUGAGAAGUUGAAAUCGAGGCUCUUCGUGAAUCGCGUCAAGCCUUUGAAAUCGACGAAGCCCAAACUUCUGGACUAGACAAUCUUGUCUCUUGUCAAACUCAUUUUUCGUGUGCGAGCAUCCCUUCAUUUAUUUUUGCCAUUAACCAGAAAUGCAACAACAGUAUACAGAAAUUUAUAAUACAUUAAAGAUAAUACUGACAAUAUUCUAACUAAGUUAUUUACAAGAUCAAAUGUUUAAAGUGGUAGUGGCAAGGAACUCUAUAUAGAAGCCGGGGACUUAUAAACUAUGGGCUUCCUGGAACCAUAGGGUACACCAUGCAAGUUAAGGGUACUGAAUGAAAAUUUGGAUUAAUUUUUUUUUUUAAAAAAAAAAAAAGAAAUUUAUUAUUAACGGUUUAUUGGGCCGUUUGUUUGUUUGUGUUGAUUUCGCAAAACUCUUUGUGAUUCUAAUUAUGGUUUUGCUGACCCUUGGGAAGAAAGAUUCAAAACAGGGACUAUAAAAUUACUUUUCUGUCGUAGCUUCUAAACGUCUGUAAAACGUUUCACUGUGAUUUUAUAAACAGAGAGCUGUGAGGUGGCACCGGAUUUCAGGUCUUAUCUGGGCGAGUGCAAUACCUGGUACGGGUUCAUGUCCGAAGAUAAGGGUCAGUAUGAUGUUGGCUGGCAACCACUCAAGAACGAAUCACUUUAUAAUCCUCCUUUCACCUACGAAGCCUGGGAAUUCAACACAUCAGAUGAACUGGACACUAUACCUAUGAUGGGUAAGUUAACUUUAUUAAAGUUUUGGUCUCUUGUUGCUCUCGACCUGGUCUCUUUCGUGUUUUAACCUUGCAUGUUUCGGGCAUUCUCCAAUAAAGAGGACCGAAGGACAGGCUAAGGAGAGUAUUGUGAGAUUAAGCGAGUGAAACUUGCACUUCCCCUUUACCUGAUAGUACGUAAAAUGACCUUCGACUGAAACAAACUACAAAAUACCACGCUUUUACCGACUCUAACUAAAACAGAACACCAAGUUUUAGGAGGAGUUCACUAAAGCAAGAGUAGUCCAGUUUCGAGUUCGUCGUGACUGCUGCGUCAAAGCAGUGAAGACACCUUUUGACAGGGUUAGCCCCUAUUUGAAGCGAAUAUACUCCGCUUAAAUUCCAGGAAGAAGAUCGUUUACAACUUGUCUAUUAUUUACUUUCACAUGCACGUUCCUGCCGGUAUUAAGCCACUUCAGAAACUCUAGAAAGAAUGGGUACAAGCUUUGGGUGCAGUAAUUUCUGGGAACCCUGAGGUGAAUAAGCGUCAGUUGGUGAUUGGUCAAUGGUAUUCACGGCAAAGAUUCAAAAAUUAUAAAUUACGUUUUUCUACCCAAACGAUCCCGGAAACUCUUUGCGCCAAAAACUUGUACUCAUUCCCCCUGUAGGUUCGACCCUGGAGUGGGAAAUUUGGGAAUGUGGGGAUGUUUGAAUUUCUGUCGUUUCAAGAUAUGUCACUGGUGUUAAUUUUACUUCGGAAAAGGACUUUUAAUUGUAUACCUGUGUAGUAAUUAUUUAAUUUCUAAUUUUUAGGAUACGUGUCGACUUACGGCGGUGGAGGAUUUGUGGCAGAUUUAGGGCACUCGAGAGACAACGCAACAAAAAUUAUUGAAACACUUGAAAGAAACAAAUGGAUUGACACUCAAACCCGUGCAGUUAUCACAGAGGUAACCACUUACAAUCCAGUGGCAAACCUGUUUUGUGCUUUGACUCUGGUGGUGGAAUUUCUUCCAACAAACGGGAUUUUUCUCUUCACCGACCUGAAGAUAGCGCGCCUUUUCACUUUCGGCGGGAGUUUCGAAUCAUUUCUCAUAGCGUGCGAGUUCUUUAUCUUGCUCUUCUUUGCCGUGUUCAUUUACCAGGAACUAAAGCAGCUUUACAGACUACGCAAGGGCUACUUUAAAGAGUUCUGGAACUACGUGGAGUUCGCCAUGAUCAUUUUGGUAUUCACUUGUGUGGGAAUGUUUUUCACGCGCAUGAUGCUUGUCAGCAAGGCGAUUGCCAGCUUGGAAGCCAACCAUGGCAAAUACGUCAGUUUUAGCCGAGUAACAUCCUGGAAUGAAGUCUUCAUGUACAUGGUUGCCCUGGUGGUCUUCACGGCGUGGAUCAAAGCAAUAAAGCUUCUUCGCUUCAAUCGUCGCAUAACCAUCCUCGCACAAACUCUGAGAGGCUCCGCGGGACCUUUGGCUGCUUUCUCAGUGGUAUUUUUGGUUUUUUUCUUCUCCUAUUCCCUGUUCGCUUUUGCCGUGUUUGGCCAAGAUUUGACUGAAUUUUAUAACUUUGUCUCGACGUGCGAGACCGUCAUGGGAAUUCUUCUUGGGUCUUUCGAUUACACGGCCCUCGAAGAGGCGGCUCCAGUACUAGGUCCCUUAUUCUUCUUCUCAUUUAUGGUCUUUGGCACUUUCAUUUUGAUGAAUAUGUUCCUAACCAUCGUACUAGACGUGUUCUCUGAAGUGAAAGAGUCCAUCGAUGGACAGGAAAAUGAGUACGAAAUUGUAGACUUUAUGAUCAAGCGCUUCAGGAAGUUUACUGGAAUGCAGCCGAACAAGAUCUCCGCCACUGAAGAGACGCCCGAGAAAAAGAACCUGGAGGAGGAGGACAUAACGAAAGAUUUGAUGGCCUUAAAAAACAAGCGUCAUAAAUCUAAAACGAAAGGAAAGUUCCAAGCGAUGGAUCUGGUGGCUCAACGCUUCACCAGACUGGAGUCAUCCUUAAGCGGCAUUUACUGCGAGGAGUGGGCUGAAGAAAGGCUGCUUGAUCAUAUCGUGGAGCGGCGAUGGGGGAUAAACACAGAAGCUGCCUAUGCCGUGGCGGACGCCGAAUUCAAGGAAGAGCAGCAGAUGGAACAGCUCCGUCUUGAUAUGUACGCGGCGGCCGAGAGGUACGAUCCUGAUGAUGAGAGAGGUAUGGUCAAUCUCAGUUUUGAGGAGAGUCCUUUUAUGAAGGACAGGUACGAUCCAUGGAAUUCUACAGAUGCCUGAGGAUUUUGAAGCGUUUCACGAAAAUGUAUAACAUUGAUCAUAAAGUGCCAAUAAGCUUAACUUAUAUGUUAAGAGGGUAGAUGCGACCAUUAUUUAAAACGUUAGCACAC